AACACUUUUGGCUUAAAUAAAACAAAAUUGAGGUAAAGCUCUCGAAACCAACAUCUGGGCUUGUUAUACGGGUUUGAUUUUGAGAUAUCUGUGUUUUUUCCAACACAACAAUGGCCGCCUCAUCAUCUUCGUCAUCAGAUGUAUCCUCAUCUUCAUCUUCAGAUCGUGACCGUCGUUCUCGUCGACGUAAUAAAUCCCACAAAAAAGAUUCUCUCAAAAUCAACAAAAAAAGCCGCCCACAUACAAAACGACGUCGUAGACGUAGCCCUUCUUCUUCAUCAUCUGAUGGCUACAGUUCAUCCAGCAGUGAAGAUGGGCCAUCCAAUCGCUCAAAGAAACAUAAGCACGAAAAUCGACACAAAAAGCAGAAGGAUAAAGAAAAGGGGAAGGCUAAGCAUCACAAGAAACGGGAUAAACGAAAAGAAAAGGAGAACCAAGAGGAUGGAAGCAGUGGCCCUGUCCAACUCUCAAAGUUUCUUGGCCGUGAUAAAGAUGAUGGUGUUCGUCGCAGUGCUGUAUCUGGUAAAAAGAUUUUAUUAAAGCUCGAAAAGACAAAGAAGGAUAAGGAGGCGGAAAAUAAUCGGAACCAGCUGCUGAAAUUCUUGAAUGCCAGUUAUGACUGAUUCCAUGGUGAAUUUGCUCCACAUUAUCUAUCAAAGAUUUUGAUCUGCCCAUUUGGCUUAUAUUAUUUUUCCUUUUUGUAAUGGGCAAAAUGUAUGUUUGUUGUUGGCCUAUACCCUUGCUACAACCUAUUUGUUUGUUUGCACAUUUCGGUUUUCUCAUUUUGUUGGAUCUUCUCAGAACUGGAUUUUGGUUAUAUUUGGUAGAAGUUUGAUACUGGUGGAUUGUUAUGACAUUUGAUCUUUUUAAGCCUAGUCUUUCAUUGUAA